UUCUGUCUGAACUUGGAAUAUUCCUGUUCGCAGGUUUGGGCCACUGACUCUCAACCUGGUUGUUCUGUUCUGUGUUGUGUACUAUUCUAAUCAUUUGAAGAUUGAUGGAAUAACCCUUUUAAUUCUCCUACAUAUGGGCUGACAACAAAAUUAGAAAUACUCUUAAUAAUAACGUUCACAAAAAUCGGAUGAAUAGAACCAAGUGUGAGAACACCCUAAAACUCAUGACAAGGCAACUUUAAAGCUUCCUGAUUAUAGUAGUUUCCUGUCCGUGUGGUUAUUUUAGAGAACCGAGGCAGAAUAUGCUGCUUUAAAGAGAAGAGAGAAUGAAUGUCAAGUGAUCUAAAAUGGACACCUCAUCACCUGCUCCACCCACACCUGUCCCAGAGCGGUUGCUAGCUAUUCUACUACAACUGACCAGUGAGGAGUUGAAGUCAUUUCAGUGGUACCUGAAGCAGCCUGUUUUGGGUGGCUCAUCUCCCAUCCCAGUUAGCAGGCUGGAAAAUGCUAAAAGAGAGGACACAGUGGAUCAGAUGGUGCAUACCUAUAGGGAAGCUGGUGCUCUGGAGAUGACACACCAUAUUCUGCAAAAGAUUAAACGGAAUGAUCUAGCUGUUCCAAUGUCAGGGACAGAACACCAAGCCACAGCAGGAGUAUCAGCCACACCAAACAGGCCCAACCUGAACACAAGCACCGUACCAGUUCAGGAUGUUCAGGAUACUUCUGCAGAUCUCUCCAACCACACUGAGCCUGGAGACCAUGUUAAGGGACAUAAACUCACUACUGUUAACUCUACAGAUGAUGGUCCUUCGUAUGAAGAUGUUGAGAAGUACCGGCGUAAAUUCCAAUACAAACUGAAGGAGAAGAUUCAGCAUGUAUUUGAGGGGGUGCCAAAACAGGGAAAGAAAACACUUCUCAAUAAGAUCUACACAGAACUCUACAUCACAGAGGGUGGAAGUGAAGAGGUCAAUAAUGAACACGAGGUAAGACAGAUUGAGAUCGCAUCCAUCACACCGGCAGCGACAGAAGAAAGGUUGAUCGAAUGCAAUAACAUCUUUACAUUUGUAACUGGACAAGACAAACCUACCAGAACUGUGCUGACGAAGGGAGUCGCUGGCAUUGGAAAAACAUUCUCUGUACUUAAGUUCAUUUUGGACUGGGCUGAAGGAAAAGCAAAUCAAGAUAUCCAGUUCAUAUUUUCACUGCCUUUUCGAGAGCUAAAUUUGGUGCGGAAGAAAAUGCUGAGUUUAGUGGAUCUUGUUCAUGAAUGCAUCAGAGAGGCAAAAGUGAUUGAGAAGGAAUUUCUCUAUCAGGUCUUCACAAAAUUACAAGACUCAGGAAACCCAAACUACAAUGAGAGCAGGUACAAAGUUCUAUUUGUCCUUGAUGGUCUAGAUGAGUGUCGAUUGCCUCUAGACUACAAGAAGAAUGAUAGCUGGGAUAAAGCUACAGAGCCAACCUUAGUGGAUGUGCUUCUGAAAUCCCUCAUCAAUGGGAAUCUGCUUCCCUCUGCUCGCCUCUGGAUAACCUCCAGACCUGCAGCAUCCAAUCAGAUUCCUUCUGGGUGUGUUGACCAGGUGACAGAAGUACGAGGGUUCAAUGACUCACAGAAGGAGGAGUACUUCAGGAAGAGGUUCAGUGAUGAGAAUCUGGCAAACAGAAUCAUCUCACACAUUAAGACAUCAAGGAGUCUCCACAUCAUGUGCCACAUACCAGUCUUCUGUUGGAUCGCAGCGACAGUUCUGGAGCGCAUAUUGAGCACAGAUACGAAUGGAGAAAUACCAAAGACUCUGACUCAAUUAUUCCUUGGUUUACUGGUGUUUCAUGCUAAACAGAUGAACGAGAAAUAUAAUGAGAAAGGCGAGGGAGAGCCACACUGGGAUAAAGAGAGCAUUAUGGCACUUGGAAAACUGGCCUUUCAACAGCUAAAAAAUGGCAACCUCAUUUUCUAUGAGUCAGAUCUGCAAGAGUGUGGCAUUAGUGCCAGAGAAGCUUCGGUUCGCUUGGGAGUGUUCACACAGCUCUUCAGAGGGGAUUAUGGGCCGUUCCAGGAGAAGGUGUACUGCUUUGUGCAUCUGAGCAUCCAGGAGUUUCUGGCUGCGUUGUAUGUCUUUUUAUCAUUCAACAACAACAAUGUAAACCUAAUGAACAAAGAACUUUCCACCAUCAGAAACAUUCUUAGGAAGUUUACAUUAAAAUCUGCCUUCACCUUUCACAAGAGUGCUGUGGAUAAAGCCUUACGGGGUAAGAAUGGACACCUGGACCUGUUCCUCCGCUUCCUUCUGGGCCUCUCACUAGAGUCCAAUCAGUCUCACUUACACGGCCUACUGACACCGACAAGGAGCACGAGAAGCAGCUCUCAGUGCCAUGAGCAAACAGUCAAGUACAUAAAGAGGAAGAUCAGAAACAAUCACUCUCCAGAGAAGUGCAUCAAUCUGUUCCACUGUCUAAAUGAACUAAAUGACCAUUCACUGGUGAAGGAGAUCCAAAACUACCUGAGCUCAGGAAAUGUCUCCAGAAAAGAACUCUCACCUGCACAGUGGUCAGCUCUGGUCUUUGUGUUGUUGACUUCAGAAGAGGCGCUGGUUGUGUUUGAUCUGAAGAAAUACUCCAGAUCAGAAAAGGGGCUUCUGAGACUGUUGCCAGUCGUCAAAGCCUCCAGAACAUCUCUGCUGAAUGGAUGUAACCUCACAGAGAGAUGCUGUGAAGCUUUAGCCUCAGCUCUCAACUUCUCCCACCUGAGAGAGCUGGACCUGAGUGACAACAACCUGCUGACAGAUUCAGGAGUGAAGUUGCUCGCUGUUGGACUGGAGAAUUCGCACUGUAAACUUGAGACACUGAGGUUGUCAUUUUGUGGAGUCACAGCGAAAGGCUGUGCUUAUCUGGCCUCAGUUCUAAUGUCAAACUCUUCAAACCUGAGAGAGCUGGACCUGAGUGACAAUGACCUGCGGAAUUCAGGAGCAGAACUCCUCUCAGCUGGACUGGAGAAUCCACACUGUAAACUUGAGACACUGAGGUUGUCAUUCUGUGGAGUCGCAAAGAAAGGCUGUGCUUCUCUGGCCUCAGCUCUGAGGUCAAACCCCUCACACCUGAGAGAGCUGGACUUGAGCUACAAUCACUCAGGAGUGAAUCUGCUCUCUGCUAUAUUAGAGGAUCCCUGCUGUAAACUGGAGAAACUCAACAUGGGAUCUGGAGAUUUCGCAACCCAACCAGGUCAAAUUAAAUAUGCACGUAAUCUCACACUGGACCCAAACACAGCACACAGACGCCUCUCUCUGUCUGAGGGGAACAGAAAGGUGACAUGGGUGGAUGAGAAGCAGCGGUAUCCUGAUCACCCAGAGAGAUUUGGGAACUGCGAACAGGUGCUGUGUAGAGAGGGUCUAUCUGGGCCUGGGCCCUGUUACUGGGAGGCAGAUUGGAAUGGGGAAUGGGCUGUUAUAGGAAUGGCAUAUAAAGGAAUCAGCAGGACAGGAGGGCGUAAAGACUGUGUGCUUGGAUACAAUCGUAAGUCUUGGAGUUUGGAGUCCUCUAAUCACAGCAACACCACCUGGCACAAUAAUAACUGCACUGAGUUUCCUGUCCAAUCCUCCCCUUACUACAGAGUAGGAGUGUAUCUGGACUGGCAGGCCGGCAUUCUGUCCUUCUGCAGAGUCUCCUCUAACAUACGGACACACCUGCACACAUUCCACACCAAAUUCACUGAGCCCCUCUACCCAGGGUUUUAUGUUGGGAGUGGCUCCUCAGUAACUCUGAGGUAAAAACUUUGCUUUAGGACAGCGGCAGUCUUGUUAUUAUUGGCGUUUGUAAAUAAUGUUAUUCGUUGAGUGUUUUGUGAAACUGCUUCUAUUUGAACUCAAUUACACUGAAUGGAAUAUUCAUGGUACGUAUUUUGCCAUGGACUUGGUAUCUGUGUCAACGAUUAUCACAAAUUCAACAUGACACUGGAGAUACAGUAUAUUACAGACACCAGGAUUGCAACCCAACUACAGAGUAAAGUCAACCGGUUACUGGUAAGACAAAUACAGACAGACUGCUACAACUCUAAGUAGUGCUACUGGUUACACUCAGGACACUAGUGAUGAACAAAACUAUAUCUGAAAGACUUUGAACACUGACUGUUGAGAGAGAAAAUAAAAAAGCCUCACAAAUAAAGUGGAAAAAAGACCCUUGGAGAUAUUAUUUUUCAAUAUUUAUUGAUAUUAACUGUUGUAAGAGUGUAAGUAUUGUUUAUUCGGUCAUUCUAACAGUUGCCGCUGUAUAUACUGGGAUCACUGUGAUUAUACUAUUAUGUUAUUUGAAGAUGUCACACUUGAAAUAAACUGAAAAGAUGUACAGGUGUAGGAUCUUAAUUUGAUCACUUGUUGCUGAGAAUUUUACUGCACAGCAGGAAAUGCAAACAAAAAUGUUCAAUUCACCUUUCCCAAUUCACAUUUCCUGUUGCUGCAGGAUUAUUUUCCUGCUGUAGCAAACGGUCUCGAAUGAAGAUGGCAACUGUCUCACCACAGUUUAUAUGACCGCAACAUCAGGAGUUUCAUAAGCAUACCUUUAGCAAUUCAAUUUGUGAUUUUCCUAUACUUAAAACAUAUAUUAUUCAUUCCAUGUUGAUUAUGUGAAAAUGGAAACAUAUGGACAUCUGUUUAAAUUCUGCUUGUUUAAUCCAACAACCCCAUGCCAGCUUGUGAAUAUAUCCCGUGUUGGUUCAGUUGGUACAGCCUGGCACUUGCAAUGCCAGGGUUGUGGGUUUGACUCCCACAGGGGACCAGUAUGAAAAAUGUGUGAACGCACUACUGUAAGUAGCUCUGGAUAAGAACCUCUGCUAAAUGACUAAAAUGUGAUAUUUAACACAUCGUCAACCCAAUAACAUAUUAGCCUACAGUACAGUAGGCCUAUGUCCAAUAGUGAACUGAGCAUGAUGGAAGAAUAAAACCUAUUGUUUGAUAUUGGAGUAUUUGUAUUACAAUUUUUUUUUGACCAUCAUGCGAAUUAAAAAGGUAUGUUAUGACAUGUUUGACCACCA